GCUCUUCCGCGCCGGCAGGGGCAGCAGCGGGAGCGGCGCGAGCGGCCAGGAGCGGCCCAGCCCGGCCCGGCGCGGCGGCGGCGGCGGCGGCAGCGGCAGCGGCAGCGGCAGCGGCAGCAGCGACGCCAGAGGCUGUGGGCGCCGUUCGCGAGGCCGCCGCGGGGGCCCGGCCGCAGCGCGGGGAGGCCUGGGGGCUGGAGGCCGCCGCUGCCGCCAUGCCGCUGCUCUUCCUCGAGCGCUUCCCCUGGCCCAGCCUCCGCACCUACACGGCCCUCAGCGGCCUGGCCCUGCUCGGCACCAUCGUCAGCGCCUACCGCGCCCUCAGCCAGCCCGAGGCCGAGGCCGCGCCGGGGCCCGGCGAGCCGGAGCUCAUAGCGGCCCCGGUGCAGCCGGAUCCGGCCGCGGCCGCCCGGCUGAGCGCCGGGGGACCCGGGGUCCGCGACGUGGCCCAGUACCUGCUCUCCGACAGCCUCUUCGUGUGGGUUCUAGUCAACACUGCUUGCUGUGUUUUGAUGUUGAUGGCUAAGCUAAUCCAAUGUAUUGUGUUCGGCCCUCUUCGAGUGAGUGAGAGACAGCACCUCAAAGACAAGUUUUGGAAUUUUAUUUUCUACAAGUUCAUUUUCAUUUUUGGUGUGCUGAAUGUCCAGACAGUGGGAGAGGUGGUCAUGUGGUGCCUCUGGUUUGCUGGACUUGUAUUUCUGCAUUUGAUGGUUCAGCUCUGCAAGGACCGAUUUGAAUAUCUCUCUUUUUCUCCCACCACACCGAUGAGUAGCCAUGGCCGAGUUCUGUCUCUGUUGAUGGCUAUGCUGCUUUCCUGCUGUGGAUUAGCAGUAAUCUGCUGUGUCACAGGCUACAUCCAUGGGAUGCACACAUUGGCUUUCAUGGCUGUGGAGUCUCUUCUUGUCACAGUGAGGACUGCUCAUGUGAUUUUACGAUAUGUAAUCCACCUUUGGGACCUCAGUCAUGAAGGGACGUGGGAAGGGAAGGGAACAUAUGUCUAUUACACAGACUUUGUCAUGGAGCUCACUCUCCUAUCUCUGGACCUCAUGCAUCAUAUUCACAUGUUGUUAUUUGGCAACAUCUGGUUAUCUAUGGCCAGCUUGGUCAUCUUCAUGCAGCUGCGUUACCUGUUUCAUGAGGUCCAGCGUCGAAUCCGCCGGCACAAGAACUAUUUGCAUGUUGUUGGAAACAUGGAAGCAAGGUUUGCAGUUGCAACUCCAGAGGAGCUGGCUGUCAACAACGAUGACUGUGCCAUCUGCUGGGACUCCAUGCAGGCUGCGAGGAAGCUGCCCUGUGGCCAUCUUUUCCACAACUCCUGUCUUCGUUCCUGGCUGGAGCAAGACACCUCCUGCCCAACCUGCAGAAUGUCUCUGAACAUUGCUGACGACGGUCGUGUCAGGGAGGACCGCCGAGGAGAGAACCUGGAUGAGCACUUGGUUCCUGUCGCAGCUGCUGAAGGCAGACCUCGACUAAACCAACACAAUCACUUCUUCCACUUUGAUGGGUCCCGGAUUGCCAGUUGGCUGCCGAGCUUUUCAGUCGAAGUGAUGCACACCACCAACAUCCUCGGCAUCGCGCAGGCCAGCAACUCCCAGCUCAACGCGAUGGCUCAUCAGAUUCAAGAAAUGUUUCCCCAGGUCCCAUACCCGCUCGUGCUGCAGGACCUCCAGCUGACACGCUCAGUUGAGAUAACCACAGACAACAUUCUAGAAGGACGGAUUCAAGUACCUUUUCCCACACAGCGGUCAGAUGGCAUUAGACCUGCAUUGAACAGUCCUGUGGAAAGGCCAAACGGUGACCUGGAGGAGGGAGAAACUUCUGCCCAGACAGAGCCAGUGCCGCUGGCCCUCAGUCCUCGGCUGGAGGAGGCGCUGGACUUCAGUGAGGUGGAGGCGGAGCCCAGCGAGGGGGAAGACUUCGAGGCCCGGGGGAGCCGCUUCUCCAAGUCCGCGGACGAGAGACAGCGCAUGCUCGUCCAGCGGAAGGACGACCUCCUGCAGCAGGCGCGGAAGCGUUUCUUGAACCGAAGUUCUGAAGAUGACUCGACCUCGGAGAACUGCCUGGCCUCAGAAGGCACGACCUCUGACCCCGUGACCCUGCGUCGAAGGAUGCUGGCUGCGGCUGCAGAACGGAGACUUCAGAAGCAGCAGACCUCCUAGCACUUCCCAGCCUCCCUCCGCCGCCCCCAGCAGCGCCCCCUGGAGAGACCUGUCUUCGUCCCGCCUGCUGUUUGAAGUGGGCUUGACUGCAUUGCGCUGUGUAAAGCAUGUGGUCUUAAUAGUGUUUGGACAGCUGAUAAAUGUAACCCUUUUUUGUAAUCCUUUCUAUGUGACAUUUCUUCUCCCAUUAGAAACACUGCACAUUUUAACUCUAGGCAUGAUCUCUUCUGGCAUUGACUGGUCUUCUUGGGGGUGGGGAAGAUCAGGAGGAAGUGGGCAGCCAGAGGCCCAGAGGCCAGCAGCUUCGAUUACUGCUUUAUGCAUAAGUCACAAUGAAUGCUGGCGUCCCAGCUCCAAAUCUGGCAGGAAGUGUGAGGCGUGGGGGCAGGACUCGUAAAGACCCUAGAUGUACGGCAGGAGCCGACUCCAUACCACUGGAGUCUCUGUCAAAUGCUGCUCGUAGUCAGGAGGUGUUCAGAAUGUUACAGGGGCCAGACCCCUGGCUCCUGGAUCCCUGGGCCAACAAGGCAUCCUGGAAAAACAACACUUGGUCUGAUACCUGGAGCAGCCCAGGGCUAGAGUGUGAGUGUGUGACCCGUGUCCCAGCACAUCGGGACUUCCUUUCUGAGCACCAACCAGAGCUGGUUUCAUUUCUGUUCACGCGGUGCUCCUGCAUCUCGAGUUCACCCUGUGUGUCUGUCCUCUCCUUUCUGCAUGUCACUGCCCCCCGGGCAUGGUGGGGGUGGGGGGUCAGCACUGAAGGGAUUGAGCAGCUAGUUUCGGUUUAUGGUUUGAAUUCAUUGGUCGAGUAAAUUAGGCAGUGCCAAGGCUGUGGGUUGACCCUCGGGGAAGACGGCCUCACGAAAGGAGAGCACUCUGGAGGACUCUGUGUCUCCUCGGAGCCCUUCGUCCUCAUGUGUUCCUGUCGGUCUAAUUAGACGUGGACGGUAAGAUGUUGAACCCACCUGUCUUGGAGCAGACCCAGGUCCUGACCCUUUUCAAAUUCUUCACACAUUUAACUUUCAGGAUUUGAAACAUGCAGUGGGGAGUAGGUUACAUAAUUCAGUUUUACGUCCUGUCAGAUUAAGUUGUUUUUAAAUGUCUGAAAACAGUUUUAUAGUAGUCCUUUGGGGGAGAAUCCAGUAUUAUCUAAAAUUAUUGGCAAAGUUAAAUGUAUUUUAAAAUGAAAGUUUUUAGAAUGUUGAAAAGUAAUUGAAAAAAGAGUGAUGAGUAUUGUUUAGGCCAAGAUAAUUUAUUUCAAUAA